AUGAUUGACAUCGACCUACAGACGAAGUCAAAGGACUAUGUCCAGUCUCUUGUAGACGGAGGACAGUACCUGGUCUGCUAUUUCAGUGCCGGUACUGCCGAGGAUUGGCGUCCAGACUAUCUCGACAUGCUGGAGUACGCUUCAAAGGAUAGUCUAUAUCCCGGAGAAUCCUGGAUAGACAUCACUCAGUGGGAGGAUUUCAAGCACUUAAUCAAGGCUAGAAUGGAGGAGGCAGUUGAGAAGGGAUAUGAACCCAAAGACAGUUUAAAGCCAUAUCAAAUUGAUUACAUGCGUUGGAUGGCAAAUACCGCCCACGAAUUGGGUCUAGAGAUUGCACAGAAGAACACCGUUGAUUUGAUCCCUGAUCUGAUUGACGUGUCAGCUACGAUUGUUGCGGAAUUCAAGAAGCAGGAUAAGGCUGUGUUCGGAGUGGGGUACAACACUGAUGGCAGUUGCAGUGAUGCAGAGGCUGAAGGAAUCAUGCGAAAAUACAAGCACUCGAAUG